UUGACGUGUGCUUUUGAAAUGAAAUAUCAGAGCAACACAUGGCUUUACUGGUUCAAGCAGAGUGCAGGAGAUACUCUGAAUUUAAUAGUGAUGCAGCAGAGAACGACAUCCCCCAAGUAUCAACCAGAAUUCUCUGAUUCAAGAUUCAAUGUAACAUACACCGAUCAUGGCAGCAAUCUUACAAUUUUAUCAAUAGUUGAACAAGAUGAGGGAAUGUAUCACUGUUCUCAAAAGGACACACUUGAAUCUACGUGGAGUGGGACCUAUCUAUCAAUAAAAGAAAACUCUACGAGAACAUCAAGCUACACCGUGGUUCAGGAGUCAACGUCAGUUCAACCAAAAGACUCAGAGACUCUGCAGUGUUCAGUCCUUUCUGACUCGGGUAACAAAACCUGUUCAGGAGAACCCAGUGUGCUGUGGUUCAGAGCCGGAUCAGCAAAGUCUUUCCCUGAUAUUAUCUAUAUGGAUGCAAAAGGAGCUGGGAAUUGUGAGAAGAGAUCAGACACACAGAAGAGAUGUGUUUAUAACUUCUCUAAGAACAUCAGCUCCUCUGAUGCUGGGACUUACUACUGUGCUGUGGCCACAUGUGGACAGAUAUUAUUUGCAAAUGAAAUAAGCCUUAAAAAAGAUAAAACAAAUGAAACCCAUGUCCUGGUGGUCACAACAGUCACAGCAAUCUGUUUGGUCAUUUCUUUAAUCGGUAAUAUUGUCUUCAUCUACUUUCAAAUUAGAAGAUCACCACAUGAACAAAUUAAAGAAAACUCUUCUUCACAGACAAGACGCAACUUUAACCAAAAAGGAAAUGAUACUGAAAGUGGACCAGAUUUGAACUACGCUGCGUUACAUUUCUCAGAAAGGAAAACGUCAAAAGGAAAAAGGAAGAAAGAGUUAAUGACAGAAGAAAGUGUGUAUUCACAGGUUAGAUGACCAGUGUGAAUGUAUGUUUGUCAAUUUCUAUGCAAAACCUAAAUUGUGAGAUUCUAGAGCAUACUGAUCUGGAUAUGAAAUUAAAAGUUGUGGAUUUAAUUACAAUGCUGAAUGAAAGGCAGAUGUGAUGAAGGAGGAGAAUGUUUUCAGUAUUUUAUUAUGAGUUGGACUACAUAUUGUAAUGUCU